AUGGCAGAAGGGAAUUCUGGAAGAGGAAUGAAGGGCAGUUCAUCUAGUACUGACCCAGAGAAACCUUUGACAGGAAAAAAAAGUACAACCAGGUCAGACAAGCAAAGCAGAGAAAAGAAUGAGUCUAUUAGCAAGGAAGAAGGAGACGACAAGCCUCGGGAUAUCCAUUUAAACCGGGGCAAACCAGUAAAUGGAAAGAGACAACCCAGUGCUAAAGCAGAAUCAGGUGACAAGAAGCAAGGGAAACAUAAAAAGGAAGACACUAAAGCGUCAUCUGAAACUAGGGCAGUGGGAACAAUACCACUGACACACAGCAGAAAGAAGACCACCAAGGAGUCUACUGAUUCUCCUAAAUUUGAAGAUAGUGGGGCAAAACCAUUCAUCACUCAAAGAAAGAGUAGCAAGGUAUCUACAGACAUGGCAUCACAACCCCAAACAAAUCCGAGAAAGAGCCCAGAGACACCGAGUCCAUCUCGUGAAAGUCGUAGAAGACUAAAAGAUGUAGUGGAGAAACUGAAACUAAAAAUGGAUGAAAUUUCAGCUGCAGCUCAGAUAGUGAAUAAUACUAUAGAUAACAUUCUCAAGUCUGCCUGUUUGAAAGAACAUCCUAUAUUUAAGAAUAUUUCACAAAUGAAUACUGGAAGCUACUAUGAAGGGCUUAAGAUUUCAAAAGCAAAUGAAUUUGACAUCAUGCUGAAGAUACCAGUGGAACGAGUUCAUUUGAAAAACGAAAAUGAAAGUGGUGCUUUUUAUAAAUUUAUAUUUAAAAGACUACCAAAAAAUAAUCCGUGGAACAGGUAUGCAGAUGAGGAAUCAGGGUUUAUUUCUCCUAACGAAAUAAUGACUGAAUUACGAAAUAUUAUUAAAACAAUUAUAAAGUCAGAUGAAACAAUUACUCUUACAAGGAAAACUCCCAACUGUCCUGCUAUUACUAUUGAGAUUAAGAUUAAAAACACACCUGAGAAGAUAUCAGUGGACCUUGUUCUUGCUUUGGAAGUAACAGGGAGCUGGCCUUUAGCAACUAGAGGUGGAAUGAAUAUUGAUCGUUGGUUAGGGAAAAAAAAGAAAAGGGGGUACAAGUACGAGCACGUCUGCUUGGUAGCCAAGCAACCUGAUAAAAGUAAAGACAAAGUGGAAGCCUGGCGCCUUUCAUUUUCACACAUCGAAAAGGAAAUAAUUAAGAACCAUGGUAAUGCAAAAACUUGUUGUGAACGUGAAGGACAAACAUGCUGCAGGAAAGCAUGCCUUAAACUUUUGAAAUGCCUUUUGGAACUCAUAAAAAAUAAUUCCAAUAAAAAGAACCUGGAUGUGUUCUGUUCAUACCACGCUAAGACUGCCUUCUUACAUUACUGUGCAAUGAACCCAUUAGAUACACAAUGGUUAACAGAAGAUCUGCAAAAAUGUUUUGAUGAUUUUGUUGGAUACUUUCUAACAUGCCUUAAAGAUGUGAGACUCCCUAACUUUUUUAUACCUCGUCACAAUCUGUUUGACAGCGGAAUUAAAAAAACAUGCUUUACUCUUCUUCAUAAUGAAAUAGAACGUGAGAAAAAUCAAGGAUAUCCAAUCUUUUAUGAAAAUGUUCUUAAUUGAUUAAACAAUUUCAAAGUGAUUUAUGAUUUUAAUAACUGACGUAUUUUCCCCAUGAUUAACUCUUUGCCCAGCUCACCUAUGCAAAUGUUUUUGUUUUUUAA